AUGAUCGAUACGGGAAUAUGGCCUGAAAGCAAAAGCUUCAAAGAUGAAGGUUUGGGACCCGCUCCCACUGGAUGGAAAGGCGCGUGCGAAAUCGGGCGGCGCUUCGACUCCUCCAGCUGCAAUGGAAAAAUCAUUGGAGCUCGGUAUUUCUUUAAAGGCUACAAAUCGGAGAACCCGAGUCCUAUUAACGAAACUUUGGAAUACAAAUCUCCAAGAGAAAACGAUGGGCAUGGCACCCAUACAGCUUCGACCGUGGCUGGCGCCGCAGUUUCUGGGAUCAGUUACUUUGGAUUUGCCAACGGGACGGCCAGAGGGAUGGCCCCUCAAGCCAGGCUGGCCACCUACAAAGCCUGCUGGGAAGAUGGUUCCUAUGACACGGACACCGUUGCUGCCAUGGAACAAGCCGUUGCUGACGGCGUCGACAUCAUUUCUAUCUCAAUUGGCUCACCGGAUACGCCAUUUACCGAUGAUAACAGAGCUAUUGCAGCAUUUGGGGCCAUUGAAAAGGGUGUUUUCUUCUGUGCCUCGGCAGGAAACAGUGGGCCUUAUCCGUCUACUCUUGGUAACUUGGCGCCCUGGAUUACUACUGUGGGGGCGAGCAGCAUCGAUAGAGAUUUCCCUGCAUUUGUUGUUUUGGGCAACCGAGAGAUGUACAAAGGCACUUCCACCUACAGCCGACUAGAUGAUACAACCUUGCAACGGUCUCUGCCAUUGGUCUACGUAUCCACGAACGCCAGCACAAGCUGUUGUGUUCCUGGCAGCCUUGAUCCCAAUUUGGUUAAGGACAAAAUCGUGCAGCGCAUUACAAAUCCAAACACUCUGCCGGCUAUAAGUGUCAGUUUGACGACUGGAGAGAAAAUCAAAGCUUACAUCAAAAGCACCGGGAACAACGUAACGGCUGCCAUGAAUCUCAAAGGAUUGACAGUUGUGGGAAAGGAAACAACUGCUCCCAUUGUUGCUUCCUUUUCUUCGAGGGGGCCUAGUGAAUCGUAUCCGCAAAUUCUCAAGCCGGAUAUGAUUGCUCCGGGUUUGAACGUAUUGGCAGCUUACGCCGGAGAGUUGCCCUACAGCAUCCUUUCAGGAACUUCCAUGUCGUGCUCUCACGCCAGCGGCAUGGCAGCGCUGAUAAAAGACAUACACCCUACAUGGAACCCUGCCUCUAUCAAGUCUGCGCUCAUGACGUCAUCCUACUCGACUGACAAUUCAGAGCAGCCCAUCAAGGAUUCAAAUACAAUGAAAGAAGCCGAUCCCUUUCCGUUGGGCGCGGGUCACGUGGAUCCAAAUGCUGCGGUAGACCCGGGGCUUGUCUACGACAUGGUGCCUCAAGAUUACAUCACCUUUCUCUGCUCUCUCAACUACACAGAACAACAGAUUUCUCUUCUUACAAAGGAGUCAGUUUCCUGUCCCAACUUCAGUUUGGAAGCCGGCGAUCUCAACUAUCCAUCAUUUUCAGUUGUAAUGAAAUCAGGGAGCAAUUCGGUUCAGGUAAAGAGAAGAACAGUGACAUAUGUGGGUACAGGGGCUGAUGUAGUGUACCAAGUGAGUGUGAAGAACCCUUCUGGUGUCACUAUAAUCGUGGAACCACAAACGUUGAAGUUCGGAAAGCACUUGGAAACUGCAAGCUAUACUGUAAAAUUUGAAGGAACAGUCGGUUCUAGUGGUGAGACAGCUUCAUUUGGAUAG